GACGCGAAGCGCCUGUACUGAACUAGCACGUGGUGAAGAUCUCCAGACGGCUCAGCCACUCGUACACUCGACCGCCUCGUCGCUCGGAAGCUGCUUCGCCCUACACGUAUCGUCUAUAACUCACUUACUGCAAGAUGGGGAAAAAGGCAGCAAAAGCCACAAGGAAAUUUGCCGCGAGCGGACAGCUCAAGAAAGUGAUUCAGACGCGGCGCAAGCAGCGAGACAUCAAAAAGAAAGCGGAAAAGCGCAAAGCAGGCAAGGGGAAAGGGAAGGGGCUACCGACGGACGAGCAUGAUGAGGACGCUGUAGAAGAGGAGCAGGGGCGAAACAAAUUCAAGGGGAUGUCGGUCGACGACUUCCUCGGUGGUGGCUUCAUGGAGGGUGAGGAGGACGAUGAGGAGGACGCCCCGAUGUCGGACGGUAGCGAAGGUGAGAGUGAUGAAGAGGACAUCGGGGACGACGAGUCGUUCGCCUCUGUAGAUGACCUCGACGAAGAAGGGCGGACACAUAUGCUCGAGCUGUCGAAGCUGGCGGAGAAGGAUCCAGAGUUCUACAAGUACCUACAAGAGAACGACCGCGAGCUAUUGCACUUCGAUGCUGACGGCGCUGAAGAGGAUGUGGAACUAGAGGAUGACAUGGAUGAGGAACGGAUGCCGGAAGAGAAAGCACCUGUACUGACGAAAGAAGUAUUGCGGAGGUGGCAGAAGGCACUUCUAGAGCAUCGGUCACUACGCGCCCUAAGACGGCUUCUCAUUGCGUUCCGCUCAGCGGCACACAUGAAUGAAGAAGACCAAGCUCUCGCGUGGACAAUAGACAGUCCCUCAGUAUACAACAAGCUCGUGGUCACAACUCUCAAGUAUACACCAAUCGUUUUGGAUCACCACUGUCCGUGUAAAACACUCGUCAAUGGCAAGAUGAAGGGCCCCACGCAGACGCCGAAAUGGAAGACGCUCCAGAAGCUCAUCUUGUCGUACUUCUACAAUGCGGUCCACCUCGUAUCGCAGCUCAGCGACACGGAGAUGCUGCGCAUGGCCGUCACGGAGAGCUCGAAGCUACUGCCGUACGUCAUGAGUAGUCGGAAAGCUGUCAAGGUCUAUCUCAAGUCGUCUUUGGAUCUCUGGUCUAGCGCAGACGACAGUGUACGGAUAGCAGCAUUCUUGGCCAUCCGCAAGCUCGCGUCUGCCGCCGACGCGUCUAUCACGGACUUGGUACUGAAGAACACGUACCUCACCUUGGUGCGCUCGUGCAAGUCGACUAGCGUGCAUACCCUGCCGUCUAUCAACUUGAUGAAGAACUCAGCGUCGGAGUUGUACUGCAUGGACCAUGCCGCAGCGUACCAACACGCCUUUGGAUACAUUCGCCAACUUGCCAUUCAUCUGCGUAACAGCAUGAAGGUCAAGAGCAAGGAAGCAUACAAGCAAGUGUACAAUUGGCAAUACGUGCACUGCGUGGACUUCUGGACACUCGUGUUGGCUCGAGCAUGCGAUAAGCAAGCACAGGUGGAGCGGGGUGGUAAUGAUAGUGAGUUGAAGGCUCUCAUCUACCCACUCGUGCAGGUAUCGCUAGGCGCCAUGAAAGUGAUCCGUAACUCGCGUUCAUUCCCAUUCCACUUCCACAUCAUCCGCUCGCUCCUGCAUCUGACCCAGCACACCGGCACGUACGUGCCCCUCGUGCCAUACCUCCUUCCGAUCCUCACCUCAACGAUGACCUCGUCGUCGAAGCCGAGAGCCUCGACGCUGCGGCGCUUCGACUUCGAGGCGAACAUCCGGGCGCACCAACAAUACCUCAAAACACGCGUGUACAAUGAAGGGCUCGCGGAGGAGGCGAGCUAUCUCCUGGCGGAGUACCUCGCGAGUGGGCCCGUUCACGGGAGCAUCGCCUUCCCGGAGACGGUUGUGCCGCUUGUGAUGAUGCUUAAGAAGGCGAUCAAGGGUGCGAAGGCGUCCUCGUGGAAGGCGAAAGAGGCCGGAAUGGCUAAGACCUUGGUCGAACGCAUCGAGGAGAGCUCGAAGUGGGCGGAACAGAAGCGCAAGGGCGUGUCCUUCACUCCGAGUCGUAUGACGGAGGUAGAUGCAUGGGAGAACAACGUCAAGGUCGAUGAGACGCCGUUGGGUCGAUAUGUGAAGGUACAGAGGAAGGCACGGGAGAAGCGUCGGAAUCUGGUCGAGAAGGCAAGAGAAGGCGAGGACGAGAUCCUGGAAGAUUGAGUUCUGGGCAGAUCCUGAUGCGAAUUGUAUUGAGACUCCCGAGGGCCGAUGCAAUCCUGUAGCCAUGCCCACAGUGCUGGCGGCGGCCUUAUGUGCGCUGGCUUUGCC